AUGGCCGAUGUUAUUCGGCAGCUCAAGAUCGUCAUGCCCGGGCUCAAGAUCGUCUAUUAUCGGCAGGAUAAUGCCGGCUGCUACCACUGCGGAACCACUCUCGUCUGUGCAGCAGCCCUUGGCCAUGAAGGUGUCAAGAUCAGGCGUCUAGAUUUUUCUGAUCCACAAGGGGCGGAGAUUCAAUUUGUUACGUACAGUUCUUUGAGAAUAAUUCUUCUGUAUUUCUUCAUUUCAUCGAGCUUAAUACUGAGAUCCAAAGGUGCUGAGGUUACAAUAAAAAUUCACGAGAGACUCUUGCUGUCGUGCUCUGCAUUCAGUGAUCCAGAAAAUGUUCAACAUAUCGGUUGGUACCGCUGCUCCACCGAUGAUUGUGAACAUCACUGGAACAAGUUCAGGAUAGCACAUGUUAAAAAUACGAAAGUGACAAUUGCCGAUGACCCAGACUUUGACGUUUAUACCAACGGAACCCUAGUUAUCAAGAUGGUACAGCCUAUGGAUGAUAAAAAAAUGUUUAUUUGUAAAGCCCAGAAGAACCUAAUAGAGAUGACAAGGUUUACCACGAUCCUCAAUAUAGCCAAAGAACCUCCACAACUAAUACGAGCGAGUCCUCCACAGCCUCAAGUCAUUGAAGGAAACGAUCUUCAUUUGGAUGCUCGAGUGCAGGGCUAUCCUUACCCCUGGGUAACUUGGAGCCAUCGUGACCAUCUCCUACAGAAUACGUCGAAUGUCGAUUCAGAAACAAGGCUUAAAAUUCGCAACGUCACUUUAUUAGAAGGCGGAAUUUACAUCUGUUAAGCCAAGAAUCCAUUGGGACACGAUAACUUAACCUUUGACGUUAAUGUUGAAGCCGGUGACGACGACUGCAGCGUUAGACCCCACUUCUCUUCAUUACGAGGCAUAUGGCUGCAGAUCAUCAAUGGAAGGAAACGGCCAAGGCACCACAUCUGUGAAGCUAAUAUCGCAUUAUGAUCAA